GAGAAGAAUAAUAUGUUCUCCACACCUUUUGGCCUGAGAUGACGCCAGAUAAGCGAACAAUGCUGCGAACAAAUGACAUUGAAGCCAUUUGCUGACGUAUGCAGAUAUGGUUGACGUUGUGUGUGCGAAAAGAGUGCGAGUUUAAUUGCUAUGGUUCGUGGAGAUUUGCUUUAAGACCAAAAGCUUCGGAAGUCCAUAAUCUGUCAGCAGAUGAUGCCCUUGGUCCGCAUCAACCACCUGAGACUACCUGAGACCACAAUAAAUUUCGUAUAAGUAACAAACCUGGAUACGAACUUCUUUGUAACCUUUUUGCAAUUCCGCAGCUUCUUGCCUCAUACGCUGAGCACUCAGGUUGGAUCUUGCCAUUUCUGUACGUCAACUCACAUUGGUAACCUGUGUGGUAGAGGCGAGGAGCAAUGUUGAGCGUUAGAAUAUCUUGCUAGAGGUUGUGAAAACUUGUGCCAAGUUUUAAGGCUGAUUGAUUUUUACAUGCACCAGGUAGACAGAUUAACACAUUGUCCAGGAGGUUUAAACAUGUGGUUGCGGAGACUUUACUCCCGGAAACAAGUUUUGGAGGAGCUUCGGCUAACCUGAAUUUGUUAUAAUUGGGGCACACAUAUAUUUAUACGAAGUUGGAUUUUGAGCUUUACGUGCACUAGUUAACCGAGCACUGGCGUGGAGGGGAGAGACCGAGGGCAGCUUGGUGGAUUUUCUCAACUUGUUGCUUAGAAGCCCUUCGGCAUCCGAAAUGGAAGAAACCAUGCAGAUGUUAACCAGUUUCGCCGAAGCAUGCAACAACAACGUGCAGGAUUAUGAAUGGGGAUUGUCCUUCAAAAACUUUUUUGGGGACAGCAAUGACGAGGAGAAUUCCGCGCUGCCAAGGAAAUUUCAUCGUUUUGGCUCAUUAUCGUCCCACGGGAGCGCGAGCAAGUCUGAGUCACCAAAAUGCCGGUCCACCCGUCCUCUCACAAUUGCACUCCCUGGUCACUUGGACAAAGACACCAAAUCUUUGAUAUUCGGCGACCUUGAAAGUAUGUUCUCGCGUCCUUCCAGCCCUUGGAGUAACAAGCGUGUGCUUUGCAACAACCUGAGUGGACCAAACAUGUGCAAUCCACUGCCUCGCGGCCACUAUGAUAGCGAUUCCUCCUACAACAAAAGCGACGUCGACGACAUGAUCCUUGUGAAAUCCAUCGAGAAUGGUUGGGCGCGUCUCUCACCAAACCGCAGUGCAGGUGAUGUGGCUUUCCCCGCAAAAAAUCCUGAGAAAGAGCUGACGUCGAACUCACAGUCCAUCGCAGCGACAGAAGAGCCAGUAUACGUAUCGGAAUCUGUCGCAUCCUCGACCAUGGAGACCCGCCGUAUGACCUGCACUGUCCCUGCACUGAAGACGAGAAAGAACCCCAACAGUGCCUCCAGGUGUCGGAAGACAGGUAGGCCGAGGCAGGCUAAUCUGCAGCAUUACAGGGGCGUGAGGCGGCGGACUUGGGGUAGGUACGCAGCCGAGAUUCGCGAUUCCAGCCGACCUGGAUCGCACUUAUGGCUGGGGACUUUCGACACGGCAGAAGAAGCGGCACUCGCAUACGACGAUGCGGCUCUGAGACUCCGUGGAUCACGUGCACUCUUGAAUUUUCCCCUCAGAGCAGCAAGUGGGCUCAACGUGCAGCUGCUGACAACAAGCAGAUCAAAAGUAUCACGCAAGGCUGUAGCGGCCGAUCAGGUGGAAGCACAAAACCAAAACCAGACCGACUACCCCAAAAAAGUCGAAAGACGAAAGAGGUCUAAGGAAAUCCCACAACUGGAAUCAGAUCUCUUUGACGUGAGCAAACAUCUUCGCGCCAUUGCAACUCCAGAUGUUGCUGAAGAUUCACCUCGACACGGUACUGUUUCUACACCAAGCACGUGGACCUAGACUCCGAUGUCUUUCAUGCCUUCAUUAUCUGCGGCCAUCAAACCACUGAGUUCGCGGUCGUCGAGCUCCAUCGUUAGCUUCUAGAUUCAGCCUACUGAACACUCUCAGGCUCCUUGAUUACAGUUAAGAUCAGGCAUUAAUAUGCGGUGCAGGUCAUCGCUGCAGUUUACAACGAUGUCGUGCCAAGGGACACUGGCAGUUAGGCCGUUAACAUCAGGCACCAACUUCAUCGAUAC